CACUUUAUUCAUGUUUUUUAUAAAUAGGUUUUUAUGGUCAAUCAUGUACCUGUAGCUAGAAACUUUUGAGGGAUUAAACUUUCGCAAUUCCACCCAAAAUCUAAAAUCAUUUUUGUGGAUUUAAUUUUUGUAAAUCAAACCAUUCCAUGAUCUUAUACUGUAUUUUUAGACUUUCACGGAUUUUAAUUUUUCGCAAAUCUGACAAAAUCCCAAAAAACUGAAAGUUUUUGGCCUCAAAAGUUUCCAGCUAUACAGUAUGUACACCUAUCAGUAGCUACGCAUCUUUAAUUAGCUUUAACCAUCAUGGAAAUGAUUUAUUUUGAUGUGUAGUGUGUGUGCUAUCUUUUGUGUCAUCAUGAUUUUAGUUCAAAGUUGAUGCUAUGUCAUUUCCCAUGCCAAACAUGCAUUCUGACAUUCACAUUCAUGGAUACGUGAUGUCAUUUCCCAUACAAAGUCUACUUAUGUCUCAGUGAUAUCAUAAUUUACAUAAGUGGAUAUGACAAAGGUUAAGCAAUAGUACUAAUUGAUUUUUAUUAGCAAAGCCAAAAGCAAAGCUAAAGUGAUAUACUGAUUAUAGUCUUUAGUCUAUUAAAUAGCAUCAAAUGCUAUCAUUGUUAAAAAUCUUCCAGUUUACUACACAUGUAUUUACAGCUAUGAAAGUACUAGAUAUAUAAAUAAAACUCUUUCUACAGCUAAUUGUGGAUCAUCAAUAUUCAAUUCGUCUUGUUGGAGGGUCCUAUUAUUGGGAAGGACGUGUUGAAGUAUGCAUUAAUAGAUCAUGGAGUACUGUCUGUGAUGAUUAUUGAGACGUUCAUGAUGCUACAGUUGCACGCAUGUGUUGUAUUCAUUUGGGACAUAGUUUGAGCUGACUCUGAUCAAAACUGGAUUUUUUUUAUAAAUUUUUUAAUUUAUUUAAAAAUCUGGCAAAAGAUCAUGUAGACCAUGGUACUGGGUCAUUGACCAAGUUUUGCCAAAAAUGAAAAGAACAACUUGCACUAUUGGAUCAAUUCGUCUUGUUGGAGGAUCUACUGAUUCGGAAGGACGUGUUGAAAUAUGCAGAUAUAAUUACUACUUAAGUGGUAAUAUCUAUGGUACUAUCUGUGAUGAUUUAUGGGACACUCGUGAUGCUAUGGUGGUAUGUAGGCAGUUAGGAUAUACAUCAGGGACUGCAUAUAACAAUUCGCAUUUUGGACAAGGAUCAGGAGUCAUAGUAAUGUCUAAUGUCCAGUGUACUGGAUCUGAAUCAUACCUUACUAGCUGCCCUCAUACAAUUAAUCAUAAUUGUGAUCACUCUAAAGAUGCUGGAGUCAGUUGUGAAGGAGAUAGUCAAGUAGGAGCUAUUGUUGGAGGGGUAGUUGGUGGUAUUGUUUUCCUAAUCUGUGUAUGUGCAGUGAUUGUUAUAUGUGUAUGUGUACUGCAUUCCAAAUCAAACCGCUCCAGAGCUAGAGCCAGGCAAGCAGCUCCUGCAGUUCAAAUGAGAUCAAGUCCAACACUAACCACUAGUACUGCAACUGGAGCUUAUACACAAUCACAAUCCCAGUCUAAGGCAGAAAACCAACCUCCUCCUCCAUCUUACUCAGAUUAUAUGGAACAGCAGAAAGCCUAUUCACAACAAACUGCACCAAUGACUUAUCCUGGUCAUGCUGUACAAGGAUAUCCUCAACAGGAUUAUUCUCAAACUGGUUAUCCCCAGCAAGUACCUUAUCCACAGCAGCAGCAGCAAGAAGCACCAGUUGGGUAUCCACAGCAGGAGCCACAAGGAUAUGGAGGAACAAACCCUAGUACUGAUGAGUCUACUGGCAUUCGUGAUGAACCACCACCUCCUUAUUGAGCUCAUUGAUGUUAUAUGUUUUAUAUUUUUGUACUAUUUAGUAUGUGCUCCUAUUUCAAUAGUCAACAUUUAUUUUAUUUUCUGUCAAAAUAGUUUAAUGCAAAUUCUAUAUAAAAUUAAUUAUACCUUAAGGUUACUUUAAAUGCGGGUACUAUUAAUUGCUAAUUUUGUGUUUGGGUUUAAAAUUGCAAUUAUUGAUACACGCAUGUUAUUAAUAAUGACAUCAUGAUGCCAUAUAACUAUUAGUAAUAAUUACUUAAUCGCAAUUUUUAAUAUGACUGAUGAUGACACUCCAAAAGACAAAGAGGACUGAGUGCAUUUAGUGGAAAUGUGUGUUUGUGUGGCUUGUAGGCUGUCUCCCCUCUUCAGCUAUUAAUAAUUAUUUAUUAUUUAAUGGUGGUUUACAUUGUCUUUUAGAAUGUUAUUUUGCUUAGUAGUUUUAUUAUUGUUAUUAUUAUUAUUAUUAUCGUGUUCUUGUAUAAUGAUAAACUAUUUUAUGCGUCUUUAA